AUGAAAAACAAGGCUCUUGUCUUAGUUUUAUUAGUGUGUGCAGCGGUCUAGGUUGUUGGAGAGCCGGUUGCCGUUGCCUAAUCCUUUGUUGCUAAUGACUUUUCUGAUGCAGAUGGUAUAAAAUUAAAUAUUAAUUAAAUAGGAUGGACAGUUGCUGGAGCACCAGCUCAUGUUACAGAAUGCAGUGGAGUGAAGAUGUUUGGAGGGUUUGGAAAGUUUGGUGCCAGAGCGGUUGCCAGUAAAGUCUUUGAACUUCCCCCCCAUUCUUUAAUUAAUUUAAAACUUUAAUUUUGGAAGUAUGAUACAUAUAAUAUAACUUACUAGGAUCGAUUCUUGGGACAACGAGGAAGCCUAUGUUUUUGUUGAUGACUAAUUGGCAUGGUCGAGAAAGUUUUAGUACAAUGAAGGUGAGGGACAAAAAUGCGGUCAAGGAGGUGACUGGAAGGAGAUGAUUGUUAAUCUAAACUUGAAUAUUAAGCACACCGGUCCAACAGCAGUUGUUGUCAUCACAUCCAACUUGAAUGAGGCUGCUGAUAAUGUAAGAUACAAUUAGAAUUCUUUUAGGAAUCAUGGUCUUUCAGAGACUUUGUAUUGUCUGUAGAGAAAUGCCCAAAUGGAUGUGCCGCUUGCUAGGUUGAUGAUAAGGCAGAGAAUUGCAAUUUCUGGUAAUCAUUUGCGGCCAGUUGGACAGAAUUGAAUUCUCUUAAGCUCGGAGCUGAUGGUUGGGAGGUUGCUGGUGGAUUGGCUCAUUCUACAUAAUGUGGACGUAAUUAUUUAAAUUUUAUAAAUUUAGCUGCUGGAAUUUUCGGAGGUUAUGAUAAAAUGAUGAGGGGAGCAGUUGUCAGCAAAGUUUAUUAAGUUAAACCUCAUUACAAGCUUAAGCUCAAGGUUCUUUGGGCUAAGAUUGACUCUUGGGAUAAUGAGGCUGCUUAAAUUAAGAUCGAUGGAAAAUUAGUUUGGGAAAGAAGAUUCUAGUGGUUCGAGGGUUAUUUUGGUAAGAUAUGUGGUUGCCCAGUCUUUGAAUGGAAAUCAAUGUUUGUUAGAACAGAAGUAGAUGUUGAUCAUACUGGUGAUCAAGUUAAGGUUUAAUUCACUUCAACUCUUGAUGAAAUUGAAAAUGAAUCAUUCGGUUUGAGAGACUUGUACAUCUUCUAUGCAGCUUGUGCUGAUAACUGUGCCGAAUGUACAGGACCAAAGGAUUCUGAUUGCAAAAGUAUAAUAAAAAUAUAUCAAUAUAGAGUGUGCCAACAAUUGGGCUUUGGUUGGAGGUAAAUGUUAAGCUUUACCAAACUUUGUUCUUUUGGAAUAAUCUUUCUUGGAAGAUAAAUUCACAGGAAUCAACGGUUGGGUUCUUACAGGAAAUAAGGCAGGAAGAACAGUUGCUGAAUGCAAUGGUAAAUCAAUGGUUGGAGGUUUUGAUAUUAUGGGUAUUGGUGCUAAGGCUACAAAAACAUUCGAUAUCCCACCACACAAGAGACUUAGAUUGCAAUCAACAAUCUAUAAGAUUGACUCUUGGGAUGGAGAAUUCAUGAUUAUCAAGGUCGACGGCACUGAUGUAUGGAAGACAUCUUGGAAUCUUUAAACUGGAGGUGCCAAUAUCUGUGGAUAAGGUAUUUGGUGGGAUGGUUUCACUAAUGUCGAUGAAAUCUUCAAUCAUCAAGCUCCAAAGGCUGAAAUCAUCUUUACAUCCACUUUGGAUCAAGAUGCCAUUGAUGGUAAUACUUUUUAAUAAUAUUUAGAAUCAUGGGGUUUCAGAGACUUCAAAUUAUGGUAUGAACCAAAGGAAGCAUGUGCAAUCUUCUAUAGUGAAUGCGACUUUAAGGGAGCUUCAUUUGAAUUUUGCUCCAAAUCACCAAACUUCCAGAAUGACAACAUUCCUCCAUAAAUUAGAUCCAUCAAGAUUCCACCAUAAGGAAGAGUUACCUUAUAUGAAAGCACCGAUUACAACGGAAAGAAGGUCACUUAUACCACAGAUCAAGCUUGCAUCCAAAACUUUGAUGUACUUAAUUUUACUAUAAUAUUAGUUUUCAUUGAUUCAAAUGAGUGGACAUAUUGAAGGCGGUUGGAUUGAAGUAGAGUAAUGA